AUGCCACCAAAGCAAGCGCGAAAAUCGUCCUCGGUCCCAAAAGCCGCAGCAGUCUCCCGCGCCAUCGAUCAUCUUAAUAUGCAGCAAGAAAAUGACAGCCUUCUGCGCCUUCCCGAUCACCUCCUGGGCGCCAUAUUGGAGCUACUCGAAUGGAAGCAGCGGCAGACAUUGGCGAACACGUGCCGACGGUUGAGGAACCUCGUCAACGGUGCCCAGUGGCUGCGCUGCGCACGUUUCACCCUGCAGGAUACGCCGGCUGUCUUCACUUCCCUAAUGGUCCCUCCCAUAACCGACAUCAUCGUCGAGUUAGACGUCCGCUUCUACGUCACGGCCAAGCAGGAGCAGCUCGUCAAAGCGAUUUCGCAGUGCACAAACCUCGUCGUGCUGCGCUGCGUUCACAGCCGUAUCCUUUCCAUGUCAGUGGUUCUGCUCCUCUGGAAAAAACUACGAAGACUGGAGUGCUUGCACUGGUCUGUGUCAGAAGUGAAGGCUGUCAGCGUCAAAGCAUCCGAUUUUACAGCCGAGAAUUCGGAGGACUCGGCUCGUUGCGACUGCUCCAUCAUGCCGCCGAAACUGAAGUCGAUGUACGUCGAAGUCGUCUCCACCGUCGUAAACGAGAACUUCAUCUGUUUGAUCUUAAGGCACUGCCACGCCCUGAAAUCGCUGCACUUUCACGAGCGUGAAAGCAUAAGCGAGCCCUCCAGAGUCUCCAGUAUGGCUUCCGAAGCCCUGCGCGCCUACCGCGAGGGCACAGAUGACCGCUUCGAAGAGUUUACUUACACCGCGGACCGCACACCCACCGACGCAGUGCUACCGAAAAACGUCGCUGUGCCACAAGAUUUCGCAGACUUCGGCUUGGGUUUCGAAGUGCACAAGAGUGUCACGUUACGAAUGGUUCCGUCGCGCAGUCGCAGCUGGGUCUCUCUCGCCGAGCUCGAUUCCGUCUAUGCCGAGAAUGCGACUAAGCACGCGCAGCUGACAGUCUUCAUCGGCGAUUUCCAAUGCGAGACCAUGAACCGACUGAACGAAUGGUGGCGCGGAAACAAAUUCCGUCUUAUCAGAUGUCUCGCAAUCGUACCAGCCAGUGGUGUAGCCGCCUCAAUUCAGUGCACCAUGCGCAACCAGUCGUCCCUGUGCAAUUUCCUCCGUUCUUGCAUCGCCCUUGUGGAGCUCAACCUUUCCGCGUUCCACUUCCGCAAGAACUUCAAUUGGAGUUCAUUGCUCGCCACCGGAGGUCUGCACAACAUCCGCUCCUUGGCGCUUGCCGCCUGCGCUCUGUGCAGACCGGAACAUCUUCAGCUUCUCGGUGGGGCGUCUUUCAAGCUCCGCGAAUUGGACGUCCGUUUCUUCCCGCAGGAAGCGCCCAACUGUGUGGUCUGCCUUCUGGCGACCACGUGCGACGACGUCGCCCUGGCACCGCUUCGUUCCCUGAACCACCUGGAGCGCCUCACUCUCUGCGAGUUAUCCCACGCCCGCAGUCUGCGCUUCUUGCUCGGCUGCGCCUCGAUUCGAGAACUGCGACUGCGCAACAUGGGCGUCUGGUGCAAGGGGUCGGACCAGGACAUAAAGCCCCUCGUUUCCCUCUGGCCUCGGCUCCGCGUGGCUAAGUUUGAGGGUGCCACGUCUUUCGACAACUUUAACGUAUUCUUCGGCAUGCCAGCUGCACCGUUGUUGAAGCGCCUCUGCCUGACUGGGCACUCUGCCGUUUUGGAAGCCGCCAUCGAUCUACAGGGCCUGCUUGCCUUGCAGCAGGCCUGCCCGGCGUUGGACAUCGUACACGUUCACGUUCACUGCCCGGUGGCGGGCGUGGCACACAGAUUCUUUCCGAGGCAUCCGUUUCUGCUGGACGACAACGUACCGGACCUUGACGACCCUCUUUGGCUGCCCACUGCAGACAAGGUCGACGACGCUAUCGCCGCCAUGAAGCCGUCUUCUGCUGGUCGCCGCGCUUCGGGCGCCGCCGGGACAACCACCGGCGAAGCUGAAGCCGAAGGCGCGAGCGCCUCCAGCGGACGCGGCAAGAGCAAGACGGCCGAGGGCGCCAAGCAGCCUAGCGACCCCACCAAGAUCAUGAGGUCGGCGCUGCGCGUCCUCAAGCUACGCCUGGACAGGGUGGGCCGGAAGCUGUCCGAGCUGGACUUCGACAACCGCGCGCUAAUGGGCCGAGUACAGUUUUUCCGCGCCGAGAACUGCAAGCUCCAUCAGGUGUUGGAGAACGAGCGCAUCAAAGUGAGAAACAGUCCGGACAGAAGCUCGGGUGCAGGACCCAGCAGCGCCCAUGGAGGCGCCACGUCCACCUCGCCCACCGGCGCCUCGUCCUCGGCCGGAGCCAUCCUCUCCGGAGAACGAGGGUCGCCGAGCGGCGUUGCCAACUCGAACGGCAUCUGUCCCACGCCCGUCGAGCGGGAACCGUGGCCGCUGUGCCCUUCUGCGCCAGGCCGUUCGAGCCUGCUGGCCGACAUGAUGACGCCGUCCACGUCGUCGGCUUCGCUGGACGCGAUCUUGGGUCCCCGACGGCAGCUGAGGAAGAUGCAGCAGGAGCAACAGGAGCAGCACCCGGUCAUCGCUCUGGCAUCGACCGUCUCGCCGCCCGUGCCGCCGCCGCGCCUAGCUCUGCCUCCUCCAAUUCCGGCCACGAUGCCCGUCUUCACGUUCGGCCAGCCUCAGCGAUCCAACACGUCGUUCCCGGACGCAUCUGAAGACCCGCUCUUCCUGUUCACGGAUCUCUUCGAGGACACUUCGGACGAGUCGGUCAACAACAACCUGAGCAUCACGAGACAGG